AUGGCCAACAAUAAGGAAGCUUUACACAAUUUCGGCAGUUCUUCUUUGACGCUUUCAGCAGCAAUUGAAAGCGGAGACGCUGACGCUCUUCGUGAUCUGCUCAAAGCAGGACGUUCUCCAGAUGAGUAUGAAUGGGACGCUGGAACAACACCUUUAAUUCAAGCUACUGAAAAGAGAAAUUUGGAAGCUAUGCGGAUUCUAUUGAAGUACAGAGCAACGAUUUCUAAAAAGCAUAAAGACGGUUACACCGCCAUUCAUGUCGCAUCUGUAAUUGGUUUUCUAAAAGGUCUUGAAUUACUCUCAAGUUAUGGUGGCGACUUAACUGAACCGGAUAAGGAUAAUUUAACUCCUCUAGUUCUAGCUGCAUCAGAGGGGCAUGUCAAUGUCGUUCACUACCUAUUUCACAUAUCGCGUUCCAGCAACUCACCAUGCAGUAGUUCUCCUGUAACCCCACUUGUUAUAGCCGCAAUCAGGAACAAAAUUGAUGUUGUGGAAUUUCUACUCCAUGCUGAGGAUAAAAGCGCAUACAGUUUGAGUGAACUGAAUCAGGCUCUCCUACAGGCUACUAUUCUAGGCCACGAAGAGGUAGUUCGUGCGUUGCUUGAACAUACUGCGGAUCCAAAUUAUAAACAAGACUUGCCACCGAUUCAUGCUGCAAUUCAAAAAGGUCAUCAUAAUAUUCUUUUGCUUUUAUGCAAUCAUGACGCGAACUUUGAAAUUCGUGAUAAACGAGGUUUCACACCGCUAAUGACAGCCUGUUUCGAGCGCAAUCUUCCAGCUGUGAAAUAUCUUUUGGAAAUAGGCGCCAACGUAAAGGCAUCGGCGCGCAAUGGAAAAUAUACGCCCCUUAAAAUCGCAAGAAGGGCUAAAGUUCCAGAGAUUGUUCAAUUGAUCGAGAGCGCUCUAGAAACGAAGUUCUAA